AAGAGGGCGGGGUAGGACUAGGAUGGAAGGACCUCAUCGUGGGACCAGCAACAAGUCGGCCAACUUGUUCCAGCAGAUAGGAAAAGUCUGGGGAGGAAGAUGAAGAUGAGGACGAAGACGCGUUGAGUCCACAAGGUUAUCCCCACGCACGCGCACACACGACACGCGCACGUCACAACUGAGACAAGUCAUGACGGGCCGCUGGUUGCUGAUCUCCGUGCUGUACAUCCUGGUGCUGGCUGGCGCCAUGCUGAGAAGCUGUGGCCGUCAAGAUUGUGGCCUCCUCAAGCGAGUGGGACACUAUUCCAGGGAAAGCGUUGAGAUGAAGCCAAGACUAGAUGGACACUCGCGAAAAAGGAAAAGCAGGAGCAGCGUCCAACGAGUUGCAGCCGCUCAAAGCAGAACUCUACGCCAAAAAGACAAGAUCAUCAAACAUCUGACAGGUCCUCUAUACUUCAACCCAAAGUGCAGGAGUCACUUCCACAGACUUUACCACAAUGUCAGGGACUGUGUGGUACCAGCCUAUUUUAAACGAUGUGCUCGUCUGCUGACUCGACUGGCCCACAGCCUUCGUUGUGCCGAGAGGUGAAAGCUGCAGCGGUGACCCGUUUUCAAGACGUGGAUGAAGAAUCCCAGAAGAAUCCUUCCAGGAGUGCAUGAAUGUGUUGAGGACAAAGAGACUCCAGGAGGAUUGCAGCUUGGAUUUGGAUCAGAGCCAUGUAAAAACGAGACUAUUAUGUCAAAGUUUUAUUAUCAUACACAUUCUGAAACCUUCACAUAUUCUAAAGAAAGAUCCAAAACCUUUUUUGGUUUAGAUUUUUAUGCAAUACUCAAGCUCAAGAAAACCCCCAAAUUGUGCGUCUUAAUAUUAGAAUAUUAAGAUAUGCCUUAAGAUAUGCCUUUAUUCGUCCCUCAGUGGGGAAAUUUGUAUAUUAUAUAUGUAUAUAUAAUAUUGUCACAGGACUCAGUUUGCUAACUGCCUUUAAUUUCAAACAUUCAAGUCAACUAGGAUGUUCAUCAGCUGAUCACACGUUUAAGACCACAAAAAGCCAGAAUGAGUUUUAUGCCCCCCAUGAAGCCAUCUUCACCGCCUGGGGCAACCUUCCCACUCGCCACGCUGGGAUAUCAAGCAUGGCACAAUCCAUUUUUUAAUGCGAUUAAUAAGCGUGGCUCAGCUGCUCGUCAGGGCGACUAAUUCAAUGGCAUAUGCGGCCAGAAAGUACAGUGGAGUCCUAAAACCUGCUGUUCUCGAGCUGUGAUGGAUUGAAGAUUCUAGACUAUUCUCUGUGGCGGAAGGGCUGUCCCAUUCAUGCACUCGAUUAUUAUUAUUAUUUCUGUUUGAAUACAUCAGAACUGCACAUUAAAAAAAGCAAGGAAGUGUUUGUUUCGCCACGCAUUUACUCAUCAACAAGCAGUCAUGAGUGGCUUCCAGCUGGAAAUGGCCUGGUUCCUCGUCAUGGUUGCCAACCUCUGUUUUAGUUAUUUGACCUUUCUUUACCCAGGCAAGGGUGUACAAUACAUACAAUACCAAAGCAUCACAACAUUAAAGCAAUGGGAUAUGGCACUGUCCUGGGGCCCUUUCAAUUUGUGCCGACACCCUCUGGAACAGUUUCCCAAAGUAGUCCCCAAAAAAGUACCUCAAAAAACCUUUCAGGUGGCAUUGCUUCAUUCACUUCACUUCAUUUUCUCCAUUGUACUGUAGUAGUACUUGGGCCUUUGAGUGCGUAUUGUCUGCACAAUAAGAUGCAGUGGAUUAUAAUUACGGGGUCUAUUUCUGAACACGUACAUAAGGUGCACCGUAUUAUAAAGAAUUGAACAAUACACUCACCAUAUUUUCCAUGAAUCUUCUGUAUCUGAAUUGAAAAGCUGGGCAAUGUCGGCAUCAAACACGCCGGGUUCUGUCUCAUCAUCGUCUCGUCGUCCGGUGGCUGUUCAGCAAUGAUGCCGACUUUCGCCAAAGCUCGGACAACACUUCGCCCAAGCACUCACAAUCCAUACUCGCCUGGCGCUGCCGCCGUGUUUGCCGUCUGUCCUCCAUCGUUCUCACGCCGCUUCGCUUGGGAUGUCCCGUUUCCACCAGUGGACGGCGGUUGGAGUUCUUUUGUUAAUCCUCGUGGGAUUAUAUGAGAAAAUGGAAGGCUUUUAAGUGUACCUUGUAGUACAGAAAAGACUAGAAAAUGACUCUUUGAAGCAAAAGUCUUCCUACAUUUUCCUACCACUUCUUUAGUUCCCAUUGGCAACAACAUCUUAACGGCUGCUUUUCCACCUGACUGAUGAGUUCAAGCCUUUCUUCAUCCACAGGACAGACAGGCUCAUUAUUUAGCUCUGACGUCUGCAACCACCACCAAUCAUCUGAGCUGGACUGACUGGAAACUGGAGGUUGACAGAACACGACGGCUGUGGACUUCACCAAACCUGCCGACUUGUCCGAUGCUGUGUAUUUAUAUAAUAUAAAUAAGUUCAUAAUCACAAGUGUUCAUCUCAUUUGGAAACGCUCUCAAAUUCAGUCUUUGCUGUGGAGUCAUUUGUGGUGAUUUGGAUGUUUUCAUGGAGCUCCUGUAAGGUGGUGAGAAGAUGAUUAAAGUGUUCCAACAGAGGAUUGAACAGUCAGUCAACAGGCAGAACCACAUUGCUGGCUGCUUGUUGACUUUAGCCUAGCGAAUGUUUCUUUUGGAUGAAUAUCUUUUGGAUGAAUAUCACACUGAAGGCUCCUCCCAACAUGAACGUGUCCGAAGAAACACAUUCAACUUGUCAAAUCAAAUCAAAUCAACUUUAUUUGUAGAGCACUUUUCCUGCAAGGAGAUGCAACACAAAGUGCUUUCCAGAAUUAAAAC